GCUGGUCGACACUCCAUUACAAGAGCUGAAGAGAUGCAGAACUGCUACUACCCGCUGCCGGUGCAGCCUCAGCUGCCUGUCCCGAAGGAUGAAGAUGCACCGAUGGAGCGGCUAGAUAAGUCCCGUGCCAGCUCCGACGAGAUGCGUCGACCUUUUAUGCAGCUGGGCGCUGUGAGCGGCGCUGCCGGAUCGGCGUACGUCGAGCUUGGCCGUACCCGUGUGGUUUGCGCUGUCUACGGCCCGCGGACAGACACGCGUGCGCGCCGCGAAUUCAGCAAGGACGGUCAACUAGUGUGCGACGUCAAAUACGCGCCGUUUGCUGAUAAGUUGACGCGGCGUGAGCGCGGCCAGGACCCGGACGAGCUGGAGCUGUCUGCCAUUGUGGAAGAGGCAUUGGCCCCCGCUGUGAUGCUGCACAAGCUGCCCAAAUGCAUCAUAUCAGUGUUCGUGACGAUUUUGGAGGACGAUGGAGGAGUAUUUGCUGCUGCUAUUAACUGCGCAUCCUUGGCGCUGGCUGAUGCCGCCGUGGAGAUGUACGACGUGGUCACGGCGUCCAGCGCGGGUAUUGUGAACGGUUCGGUGGUGUUGGACCCGAGCAGAGAGGAGGAACAACGUGGAGACGGCAAACUGGCACUGGCCUACAUGCCGUCGAUGGGACGAGUCACGUACAUGCUCCAGGCCGGCAAGAUCCACCACACGCAGCUACAAGAGGCAGUGGAUCUCUGCACAGACGCAUGUACGGGUGUCACGCGGUCACUCCUUACAGCGUCGCUCGUGCAGGCUCUGUCCUGAACUGCUAGAUAGGAAUACAAUCAACAUCCAAGUGAGAAGUAAUGUCUGUUUAGGUGGCUUCGUCGCUCUACUAUCCCGCCUUCCAAUUGGCAUAAAUCUACGCGACAACCUCCGCCUUGCGGUUCUUGAGUAGAUUCUUCAUGAAGAACUCGCCAGCCUUGUAACUGGAGCGCACCAUGGGGCCACUAGCAACGUACAAGAAGCCCAUCUGCUCAGCCACCUUCUGCCAUUCGGCGAAGGCCUCGGGAGUCACGUACGACUUGACCGGCAUGUGCUUGGUGCUGGGACGCAGGUAUUGGCCGAAAGUCACGACGUCCACGCCACUGUUACGCAGAUCACGCAGCGUCUGGAACACGUCCUCGUUGCGCUCGCCCACUCCAAGCAUCAGUGACGUCUUGGUCACGAGAUGAGGAGCAGCCACCUUCGCUCGCUCCAGCACGUGCAGCGACUGCUUGUAGUUGGCACGGUAGUCACGCACACGACGCUGCAAUCGCUCGACCGUCUCCAUGUUGUGUGCGAAGACAUCAAGACCCGAUGUCGCCACCUGAUCGAUCAGGUUGUCGUGGCCCUGGAAGUCGGGGGUUAGACACUCGAUCAGGAUCUCCGGGAGCUUGGCACGCAGCGUGCUCACGGUCUUAGCGAAGUGUCCAGCGCCCAGAUCUUCGUAAUCGUCACGGUCGACACUGGUGAACACGAUGUAGUCGAGUCCCCACGCAGCGAUCGCUUCUGCCACCUUGUUGGGCUCUUCAGGGUCCAGCGGCUUGGGUUUCUUGCUGGUCUUGACGGCGCAGAAGCUGCAGCCACGCGUGCACGUGUCUCCCAUGAGCAUGAUCGUGGCUGUGGCGAUGCCGUCCUUACCGCCGCCCCAGCAUUCGCCGAUGUUAGGACACUUGGCCUCCUCGCACACUGUGCUAAGACCCAGACUCUU